AUGGAGAUACUUCUCGUAGUCCCUCGCGUAGCGCUGCCGCAUCGACAUGACGGACAUGAAGACUUCCGCACGAUGAUAUACAUGGAGGACGAUCAUCUGCUUAGUGAUCUGCACGAAGGAUCCAUUGCAUCCAUUCAUGGGGGUCUCAUGGACGUUAGUGAGCCUCUUGUGUAUGGGCAGGUGUUGUCAUUGCAGCACUUGCCGCGCAGCAUGCAGGACAUUGUCGCCACGUUCGCUGUUGCCACCGAGCGGCGACCUGUUGCACUAGGAUCAUUCGGCCUAGCUGUAUCCUUGCAACUCUCCCACAUAUCGUCCACCAUGGCUCGAUUAUCGGUCGACCAAAGAGACAAUGCAGCGUUUAACUGCUACGUCGUGGCGCUCAGAGCCUCCGUGGUCACCAUUCCCAUCGCAACAAGCGUCACCCUUCACAUUCCAUCUCUUCAAGACGCUCCAGCCGCGUCCAAGAUCACUCGCGCCAUGGAACGCAUUGGACCGCAGCUACUGAGCGGGUCAUUGGCCUGGCAUGGCCGCGUCCUUCCCAUCACGUGGCGCCACACGCUCGAACUUGCUCACGUGUGCAUCGACGACGACGCAUCGCGUCCUCGCGUGUCCAUCAUCGACGCGACCACCGCCAUCGCCAUCACAAUCACAUCGCCUCGAGUUCACUUGUCUGCUGCCCAACACCCCCGUCCAACUCCCUCCUUUCUCAUCGAUUCCAUCUUCACCCACGUGAGCACCCACAUGGCAGGCUACAUCACGGACCUCCAUCGCAUCGUGUCCACCAUCGUCCACUCGCUAUACCCGCCAGCCGCGAUGCCCCUGACCUUGCCGGUGGGUAUGGUACUCAGCGGUGCGCCUGGUGUCGGCAAGUCGCAUCUCGUUCGUCUGUUGCACGCGUCGUUCCGUGCGUUCCCAUCACGGCUGCACUGCGUGACCGUGUCUGCCCCAGACCUGUUCCACACCCAAGUGGGGCGUUCGGAGGCGCAUCUCGCGGGCGUGUUUUCCGCGCUGAAGGCGUCGACGGUUCCGACGCUCGUGUGCAUUGAAGACUUGGAUGCGAUCGCGUCCAUGUCCAGCACGGUCGCACUGGACCAGUCGCUGCUUGGGGUGUUGGUAGCUUGUUUGGACCAGGCCUCAAAGCAGCCUUCCUCCCGCGUCUUUGUAAUUGGCACGACGAACCGCCUGGACGCAAUCGAUGCGUCCGUACGCCGCCGGCUCUUGCACCACGUCGCAUUGCGUCCCCCCAGCGAAGCCGACCGCGUCUCCAUGCUUGAGCUGAUGUGCCGGCAAUGCAGGCCGCCAUUGCCGUCUCCGGGCAUGUUGGCGGACGUGGCCGGUCGAACGAGCGGGUUCGUGGGCGCCGACUUGCUUCACCUCGUGCGCGAAGCCACUUUGCACUCGAUCCACGUGGCCAAGCACCCGGGGGUUUUGCAUGACAUGGCAGCGUGGGAGCACGCCCUGUCGCUCGUCCGCCCGUCCAGCGUCGUGCAGCACCUUCCCCAAACGUCAUCUCAUCUGUUGGCGCCCCUGGUCGGGUUGGACGAUGUGUGGGCGGCGCUGGACGUGGCGCUGCUGCAGCCGUUGCGCGACUCAUCGGCCUUUCGACGCAUGGGUAUGUUGCCCCCCAAGGGAAUUCUCAUCACGGGUCCGUCGGGGGUGGGCAAAUCGCAUCUGUUGGCCGUGCUUGGCGCCAAGGCCCAGCAGCGUGCCACGUGUCUAUCGGUCAAAUGCACAGACCUGGUGACCAAGGUCGUGGGCGGGACGGAAGCGGCAUUGGCGGCGCUAUUUGCGACGGCGCGAGCCGCGGCGCCUUGUGUGUUGCUCUUCGAUCAGAUCGAGAGCCUCGCGCCUGUCCGAGGCUUUGAUUCUACCACCGAGCAAACGUUCGACCGGGUGCUGAGCACGUUGCUGACUGAAAUGGAUGGCUUCGGCACCAACGGCAAGUGUAGUGUGUGACGUCGCUCGAUCUGAGACAAUGUCACAACUUUGUGGUAGACAUGCGACAGUGCACAACCCACGACGAGUUUGUCCAGCAGCAUGUCGUGGUGGUAGCGACGACGACGGCAUCGAUGCUGUUGGAUCCGUCCAUUUUGCGGCCAGGACGGUUCGACGUGGAGAUUACGUUGGGGCUGCCCACCGAGUCGGCUAGGCGGGCGGCGCUGACAAAUUUGGUGGCGGGGACCCCCGUCUCCACAGAUCACCAGUCGACGGAGGCGCUCGUGGCGGCGCUGACGGACCGAAGUGAAGGCGCGACCAUUGGCCAGCUCCAUGCAAUCUUCCAGGAAGCCGCCAUGUUGUCGUUGAGGGAAUCGAUUGAUGUGACGGAGAUUCGCGCCGCAGCGUUGGAACGAGCAUGCUGUCAAGUGAUGGGGGAAACCAAAUGUGUGGACGUCCACCAUGGCGACAACGAAGAAGAUGAGGAGUUAGAGGAUAAACUCAACGCAAUGUCGUUGGAAUAACUCGAAUAGAGCUAUAUGAACGUU